UAGCAGAAGAUGUUGCAGUACAGUCUGUUAGUGCUGGCCGUGGUAUUUACCAGUGGACAUGCUGCUGAUGACCAACCCACUGGAGGCAUUUACAUGGGUUUCAGGAGCUGCAAAGAGUUCAAGCAAAUCGAUAGCUCUGCAACAGAUGGAAUUUAUACUCUGACAACCAAAGAUGGAGAGCAGUAUCAGACCUUCUGUGACAUGACCACCAAUGGAGGAGGGUGGACAUUGGUGGCCAGUAUCCAUGAAAACAAUAUGUAUGGGAAGUGCACAACAGGUGAUCGCUGGUCCAGUCAGCAGGGCAAUUCCGCUAACUACCCUGAGGGAGAUGCCAACUGGGCAAACUAUGCCACGUUUGGGCAGGCUGCUGGAGCAACCAGUGAUGACUACAAGAAUCCAGGAUAUUAUGACAUCUCUGCCAAGGAUUUGGGUUUGUGGCAUGUGCCUAACCAGACCCCACUUUCUCAAUGGAGAGACACGGCUCUGCUGAGAUAUCGUACAGCGAAUGGCUUCUUCACCGCAGAAGGAGGCAACCUUUUCAACCUCUACAAGAAAUAUCCAGUAAGAUAUAACGCUGGGAGCUGCCUGACCAACAACGGACCUGCUGUGCCGGUUGUGUACGACUUUGGAAAUGCUGAAAAGACAAAUAAUUACUACUCUCCAAAUGGAAAAAAUGAGUUCACUGCCGGCUUUGUCCAAUUCCGAGUUUUUAACACAGAGAAGGCCCCUCUUGCUCUGUGUCCAGGAAUGAAAGUUACGGGAUGCAACACUGAACACCACUGUAUUGGAGGUGGGGGCUUCUUUCCAGAGGGGAAUCCCAUCCAAUGUGGAGAUUUUGUCGCCUACGACUGGAACGGAUAUGGCACACGUUCACAAUGGAGUGUCAGCAAGGAGAUGACAGAGGCAACUGUCAUGCUAUUUUACCGCUAAUUAGGAAGCCAUCUUGGCACUUAGUGCACUUUAAAAAAAAAAAAAAAAUAUUUCAUAAAUCUUAUAAAAAUUA